AUUUAGAAUGGGGUGCCUCAAGAUUAUUGUCCAUAAUUUUAAAGGGUGCCUCGGGACUGUCCAUAAUUUUAAAGGGUGCCUCGGGGCUGUCCAUAAUUUUAAAGGGUGCCUCGGGACUGUCCAUAAUUUUAAAGGGUGCCUCGGGACUGUCCAUAAUUUUAAAGGGUGCCUCGGGACUGUCCAUAAUUUUAAAGGGUGUCGGGGCUGUCCAUAAUUUUAAAGGGGCGGGACUGUCCAUAAUUUUAAAAAGGGUGCCUCGGGACUGUCCACAAUUUUAAAGGGUGCCUUGA